CAGCCCGACCAGCGGCCCCCGCCAUGAGCCACAUCGAGAUCCCGCCCGGGCUCACGGAGCUCCUGCAGGGCUACACGGUGGAGGUGCUGAGGAACCACCCCGAUGACCUGGUGGACUUCGCCGUGGACUAUUUCACCCGCCUCCGGGACAGCCGCAACCUCGGCGGGAAGGGCGAGGGGAGAGACAGCGACGACGAGGAGGACGAAGACUUUGAACCACCAGUUAUUAAUAGAUACUGUAGAAGAGUAUCAGUAUGUGCUGAAUCUUUCAAUCCAGAUGAUGAAGAUGAUACAGAGCCAAAGGUGGUUCAUCCCAAGUCUGAUGAACAAAGAUCCAGACUUCAGGAAGCUUGCAAAGAUAUCCUUCUCUUCAAAAAUCUUGAUCAGGAGCAGUUGUCUGAGGUCCUUGACGCCAUGUUUGAGAGGUCUGUGGUGUCUGAAGAACAUGUCAUUGACCAAGGGGAUGAUGGUGAUAACUUUUAUGUCAUCGAACGAGGCUCAUAUGACAUUCUGGUAACUAAAGAUAGUCAAAGUAAACGUGUUGGCCAAUAUGAUAAUCGUGGCAGUUUUGGAGAACUCGCCUUGAUGUACAACACUCCCAGAGCUGCUACCAUAGUUGCCACAACAGAAGGUUCAUUGUGGGGUCUGGAUCGAAUAACGUUCAGAAGAAUCAUUUUGAAAAACAAUGCAAAGAAGAGGAAAAUGUUUGAAUCGUUUAUUGAAUCUGUGCCUCUACUGAAAUCCCUUGAGAUUUCAGAGAGAAUGAAGAUUGUGGAUGUAAUAGGUGAGAAGAACUAUAAAAAUGGAGAACGAAUUAUUGCUCAGGGUGAGAAAGCAGAGAGCUUUUAUAUUGUGGAGUCUGGAGAAGUAAAAAUCCUAAUUAAAAGCAAGACAAAUAAGGACACAGAGGAUGAAGUGGAAAUUGCCCGGUGUCAAAAAGGACAAUAUUUUGGAGAGCUCGCUCUUGUCACCAACAAACCCAGAGCAGCUUCUGCUUAUGCAGUUGGCGAUGUCAAAUGCUUAGUUAUGGAUGUCCAGGCAUUUGAGAGGCUGCUUGGACCCUGCAUGGACAUUAUGAAGAGGAAUAUUUCCAAUUAUGAAGAACAGCUGGUGAAAAUGUUUGGUUCAAGCAUGGACCUGAAUGACCCAGGAAUUUAGGCAUAGCAUCUCCCUUCUCCCCCGUGCCUUCUCAGUUUGACACAGAAACUCCUCCUGUCAACAACACAACAUAUAAGGAAAACAGACACUACAGAACAGUUCCUGCCGUUGCUGCUGCUGCUGUCUUGGGCAUUUUAGAAAAUGUGUCUCAGCAUAUUUGGAUGGGUAGAGGCUCAAUCUAUGCCUCCACUUUGCUGCUGAAAUUCCAUUUAUUAGACUUAAUUUCAUAAUGUUUUUAACCCAUUUUUCACACCUUUGGUUCAGAAUGGCAUGUCUCUCCAGCAAUUUAAGUGCCUGAUACAGAGUCCAAAGUGUAAAAUCCUCUUUUUUUUUCUCUUGCUGCUGCUACUGCUAUUGGCUAUUCUUUUUUCUUUCUUUCUUUCUUUUUUUUUUUUAAAACAAACCUGUAGAAACUGGUUCUGUCCAGGUUCUGUCUUCCCAGGGAGAAAAGAUUUACAGCCUCUGAUCUCUUCCUUUGUCAUUACUUCUGAGAAUGUAAAAAUCUGUUCUGAAUUGUAGCUUUUAGAUUUGAAAUUUAAAAUUACCUGGAUAUUUUUAAGUAACUCUCUUUAAAACAUUAUGGUACUGUGAUGUUUGUGCUAUCUACUGAAAGCUACACGUUACAGGUGAUCCCAAGGCAUUUGGAUAUUCUUUGAAGAGAGUACAAUGCUGAAACAUAGGUCAUAGUCAUAGGUCAUUCAUCAGUAAACUAUGUGUUAAAGGAAGAAAGAAAGAGAAAAGGGAGGAUCUGAGAGUUUGUUUUUUCAGCCUCCUAUGGAUGACAGAGCCAAUUAAAAAUAAAAGUUUCUCUCUACAGUUAGUACGACUAAAUUGUCAUCCAUUUAGAACAAGGAGUCUGGAGAUGUUAUAGCUUUAACUUCUUAAAAAACUUCUCAAUUAAGCUGCUGUCACCUUUUUGUUUCCAGUUGUCCACAUCAUCAGGUGGCAGUAAUAUUGCUGAGAAGUUGACCUGUUCCUCUGUAGGAGAGCCCUUUCUGUAUUGCUCAGAGAUAUCUUAUAGCUUAGCUGUUGAAUGAUCAGUUUUAAAAUUCUUUUUAAAGAGGAAAAAGCUAUUUUUUGUAACUUAAAAGUAAAAAAUAUUUCUGGACUCAAAGGAGUUCCCCUCACUUGCAUUCUUUUAGAGUAUUCUCUCACUCAUCUAGACAUUCCCAGAUGUCAACUGUAUUUGUUAGAGUUUUCAAAAAGUUGGGAACAUUUACUAUUUCAAGGAAUUUUUUUUUUAAAACAAGGCUUUGUAAUUGGGGAGUUCAGGAUGUUUGGUGUUCUAUUUGUCUUAUUUAGGAGGUAAUUUAAAUUUGAUGGAAUACAACACCUCUUUAACUUUUAACAUAUAUAUAUAUCAAGUAUAAUUUUGAGUUCCCUUGAUUGCUUGACAUGCUUUGCAAUAAGAUUUUUUUCCAUCAGAGUGAUUGAGAAUCUAUCCUAAGGGGAUCACAGAAGCAGCACCAAAAUUACAUAAAAAUUAUUAAAUUUAUAGCAAGGUAAUAGUAGAUCUAGAGGCUCUUCCCAUUUUCCAUUUUCUUUUGAGUUGUAUGACUCACUGGGACCUGCCCAAGUGAUUAUGUAUCUGGGGUUGUAUAAUUCUCAUUGUGGAUGAUGAUACUAGUAGAAGUGACCUAAUUAUUUACCUUUCAUCACUGGUGAGCUAGUGCUCUGCCGUGGGCAUAUGGCCAGUAUGGCUGACACCUCUGAAAAGCAUGUCAGCAUGUAGUUACCCCCCUAUACACACACAUACACGAUGAACUUUCAGCCAGCAGCAAUCCUUAUUCAUUCAUCUUAAGGGGUUUUUUUGGUUAAUUUUUUUUUUUUUGCUUUGGUUACAUGAAUUGGAAGCAGAUUGAAUCUUUUCUAAGGGCACUGUGUUAGCUCACAGCAUAGUUCUCAGAAUUGUGAUCUGAUUUAUGAUUUAUGCUGGUGAAACAGGGAUAUAGCACUGUUCAAAGACAUUUCAUGUUUUGAUGUUUUUCUGACUUCAUUCUUUUCUGCAGUGUCUGUUUUGUAUCAGAUGAAUCCAGAAAGCAACAGAAAUGUCAUUAAUGUUUCCAAGGUUUUGCACCUUUUUUCUAAUUUUUGGAUCUUGAAUUUUAAAUGGCAUGAACAGCAGUAGUUCUUUGCCACAGAUAACUGGGAUAUUUGGCUAUUUAAAUAAAUGAACUUGGUCUUUUAAAAGUAAUAGAAGGUGCUGUAAAGAGAGUGUACAUAUAUAUAUGUGUAUAUGUGUGUGUGUGUGUGUAUAUAUAUAUAUAUAUAUAUAUAUAUAUAUAUAUAUAUAUGUAUUGUCAGAGCAGCCCUGACAAAUUGAUUUCCAAAAUAAAAACAGAAAUGAGGUGCUGUUUGUUAACCAUGCAUCUGUAUCACUUAGGCUAUCUAGCAAACUGCAUGCUAGGGAUAGAUAUGGAUUAUGUCAAGUAGUUUUAAGCCUUUCGUUCAUAGAUUAAAUCUGUUCUAUAAAGUCUCUUCCCAGUACCCCAGUCUUACUCACAUAGUUGUGCCGUAUGACUGUGGAACCCAAUAGGUUUCAAGCCUUUUUCUGGGGUUCAGUUGUUCUAAUUAAAAAUGACAUAUGGCUCAGAAGACCGGAUCCCUCUAUUUUUAUGGACAGUUGUGGGCCUAUAGUUGAGCUUCAAGAGUGAAUAAACAAGGAUGUACAUAACAGAGUACAGGGAAAGAAUGGCAGCCACACUGGAUUUUAAAGAACGUGAGGUUCUGAGGAUGUACCUUUUGCAGUGGGGAAAAGUAAAGCUAAGCAACCCAGUUGUGUAGUUUUCUAAGUUAUGCUGGUACAUCAAAAGGACAGCGCCACUUUUAUAGAGCUCCUUGGUAUCUCCUAUGUUCGGUGGGGGCUGCAAGCAACCAGUAUGGAACAAAAGGAAGCUCCACCGUAGCCAGUUCUUUUAACCCCUUUAUAUUAUACUCUCCCUUGGGAGAAGACUGAUUCAAGCAGCCUUUCCAGGCCUUGCCAUUUCCUUUGUACUGAGGGGAGAAGGGGCUUGAUAACUUGGAAAUAUGGUUAGCAGUAUUGAUAUGCAUCUUCUGAGCCCAAUUUUAUUCCAAUGACUUUGACUCUUCUUUUUAAUCUCUGAAGGAUGAAUCUGUGUGGUUUUGUUUUCUGGAUUGAUGUUGCUCUGUGUUCUGUUUAAAAACAAAAAACAAAAAAAAAACUGCCAUGGAUCUUCAGAGAUGAUUGUGAAGAGAGCUCUGCAGUUGAGCAUAUUAAUAAUAGAACUCAGCAGCAAACUGGACAAGAGACCGUGUCCUUGAGGCUAAGAGAAACAAUUUGUCCUGCUGAUGCUCAGCUUGUGAUUUUUGUGAAGUGAGUGAAGAAGAACUUUUCUAGGUCAGCAGCAUCCUGGCUUAUGAUUUUUCUGUUUGAUGUGCCAGCCCAGGGUUUUCGUAAUGUAUAAAAAGAAAAAAAAAGAAUCCUGUCUCUUUUUUUUUUUAAAGUGCAUUCUGCCCUGAGAAAAAGGGGAAAAAAAAACCCUUUGAAGUAACAUCCUUCAUGCUUUGUUUUCAGUUAGUUGAUGUUGUAAUUUUUCUUCUUAAAUUGUAUUUGUAACCAACCUUGCCAAAAUAUAAAUUGUUUUGGUUUUUUUCACUCCACUUACCUAUUGUUGUUCUUGCAGUUCUUACUGCUAAUGGUCUUCAGUCAAGUCAAUCAUCUGUUGUACAGUCAGAGACCUUCCUGUUCGUUUUAAUACUCUACAGGACUGUGUCUGUACUAUAAAGAUAGAAGAGGAAAGUUUCACUAACCUCAUGGGAGACUUCCUGAAAUCCAUUUAGCCUGAUUUUGGCUAAAAAUGGAUAACUAGGGUUUCUUCCUCCAUUCACAGUAACAAAAAAAAAAUCUAAUUCAGCAUAAUUAUGCUACCUCAAGGCUAAAAGUGCUUUAAGGGUAUUUCACCUGAGUUUUAAACAUUACAUCAGAAAUGUCUCAUUGGAUCUGUGAGAUUCCCCACCCGAAGUAACUUAAAGGAGGGACCCUUUAUUUUGGCCCAUUUUAAACUAGUAUUUGACUCUAAAAAGAAAGAGUUGUUCUAUAGUAUUCAGUCUAUAAGUGACCAUUUUUAAAGAGCCACCAUCUACCACAAACAAGCUUUGGGUUUUAAAAGGGAAAGAACUCACCAUCUCGGGUUUGCUUCAUCUUUGAUUAAUAAAUGCUGACAUGUUGUGUCAAA